AUGUGUGACUGGUAUCCGGUCGGAAAAGAAGACAGACUUCCGCCUCACUCCUGCCUGUUCCUGGUCAUCCCGGAGGACGUCGCUAUGGGCUUCACCACCUACUAUGGCUUCGCUCCACGGAUUUUGAAAGGUAACGAUCACCGGGUCGGUUUCGGUUUCCGUUUCGGUAACCACGCGGACCUCCAAGUGCUUUACGAGUUUGGACCACAGCUCACGACGACUCCUCUACAGACUAAACGACUUCCAGGUGUGAGAUCAGCUCCCCGCCGCGAAAUCCGCCGACCUUUUCUAGAACUGCUGCUAAGAGCUGGGAUAUUGAGAUUAAAUGAGGUUCAACCUACAGACAGAUGAGGGUAGUUAGCGAAAUAUAGAGGCAGAGGAAAAAUUAGUCCAUAGAUAAUGUUUCUUGUCGAAUCAAAUAUAUUUGAAUUGGUAAUAACCGCUGCUAUGACGGCCACAAAAAAUAUAAUCUUUUCAUAAUUAAAA